UGGACAGAACAAGACCAACGGACAGUUCUAUCCAGGGGUUUCUCGGUUAACUGGAUUGUACCCCUGAAUUGUUGUUUACGUAGUAGGUACAGAAAAAGCAGCGACUAUUCAAGGGGUGAUUAGAGGUCUCCUAACUUUCAAGUGCACUUUGGGGGUUCACUGUUUUGCGGCAAUCAUGUCGCGGCAGAUGAGCGACGACGCGGAUAUUGACAACUUGUUGGCAAAUCUGUCGCCCGAGGAGGUGGAGGAGCUGGAAAGAGAACUUACCGUGAUCGACCCCGACCCAAAUGUGCCGGUCGGUCUCAGACAAAGAAACCAGACGGAUAAACAACCGACCAGAAGCUACAAUCGGGAGGCCAUGCUGGACUACUGCGAGCGGGAGACUAAGAAACUCAUCGAAAGAGAGUUGUCCUUCGAGGGGGAGUCAAAGAACGAGAUCCGAAAGCAGGAGUCACCGAGGAAAGGCCAGGAAAGGAGCUUCUGUAGGUCUGACAGCCAGGGUGGCGUGGAGCUCAGGGGUUCAAACGCUGCACUCCAGAGAAAGGAGAGCAGCUCCACACAUCCAGACCGCAAGAGGAGAGAGGAGCCCAGAGAGGAGCAGGCAGGUCCCUCAAACAGGUUCAGAAGAGAGGAGAGCAGGGACAAGGAGAGGAGGGCCGAGGGUAAGGAGAGAGGCAAGAGUGGGGAAGGCAAGCUGGUGGAGAAAAGGGAGGAUGACAACAAAAAAGUUGAGAGCAGCAGCAAGACGAGGGCGCUGAUCUCUAAACUGCAGGAGAAAAAGGAGGAUGGGAAGGAGAGGGAGAGGAAAGAAGAAAUCAGAAAAAGAGAGGAGGGCAGGACAAAGGGACUAAUCUCUAAGCUACAGGAGAAAAAGGAGAAGGAGGUCAGCAAAGAAAGGGAGAGGAAAGAGGAAGUCAAGAAAAGGGAGGACAGCAAGACCAGAGGACUGGUCUCCAAACUGGGGAGGCAGCAGAGCCAAGCUGGAGAUGGCAGGACAGAGGAGCAGGAAAGAAGAGUAGAGAGAGGUAUGGAGAAAGGCCAGAGCAAUUUACAAAAGGAGCAGACACGCUCGCAAGAAAACAAGGUGAAAAAGACAGAAAAGAAUAAAGAGAAGGAGAUGGACGAAGAGAAGGUUAAGGUUAAGGAAGAGUCCUCUAAUGAGUGCAUGAAACAGAGCAGGAUUGAGGAUCCUGGAAACUGCAUUGCAGACGAGAGUCCAGUCUGCAAGUCCAAGGAUGGAGACGAGGAGGAUGAGGCAUCCAGCAUGUUCGACGAGCUGUUGGAAAAGGUCAGCAGCAACGAUCCUGGAAUGACUGAGCUCAAUGUCAACAACUCGGAUGUCAUCAAGACCAAAACACUCAUCCUAUUCGCUGAAGCCCUGAGGGGCAACAUGCACGUCAAGACGUUCGCCUUGGCCAACACACGAGCCGAUGACCACGUGGCCUACGCCAUCGCUGGCAUGCUGCGCUCCAACAAGACCGUCACCAGCGUUAACCUGGACUCCAACCUUCUCACCAGCAAGGGCAUCAUGUCUGUGAUCCAUGCCCUGCAGCACAAUGACACCCUGACAGAGCUGCGCUUCCACAACCAGCGGCAUAUCUGUGGUGGGAAGACCGAGAUGGAGAUGGCCAAGGUGCUGAGGGAGAACACCACGCUGCUCAAACUGGGCUACCACUUCGAGCUGGCGGGGCCGCGGAUGACCAUGACCAACAUCCUGAGCCGCAACAUGGACCGGCAGAGACAGCGACGGCUGCAAGAGCAGAAGCAGGCCCAGGCUCAGGCUCAGGCCCAGGCCCAGGCCCAAGAUCAGGCCCAGGCCCAGGAUCAGGCCCAGGCCCGGGCGCAGGCCAACGGUGGCAAGAAGGACUCUCUAGAGGUGCCCAAGACAGCUGGGGGCCCCACAAAGGCUUUUCCCAAGGCCUCCCCCAAACCCUCCCCAGAGUCCUCUCGUUGGUCUUCCCCCAGGACCACACCCAAGAAAGGGAGUGGAGGAGGAGGAGGAGGAGGAACGGGAGGAGGCGGAGCACCCCCAGUGCCCCCUCCCCCGCCUCCACCUGCCCCCACCCUUGACUGUAAUUUCCUGAGGAACUCCCUGACUCCUGUCUCACAGAGGAAGCUUGAGGACCGGAGCUUAGGGCGUGGUGGAGAGAAGAAUUCCAGGGACCAGCUGCUGGCCUCUAUUCGCAAUAACAACAUGAAAAAACUUAAAAAGGUAGAAGUACCAAAACUGCUGCGAUAGGUGACAAGAGGCCAGGAGCAAAGGAGGAGAGCAAUCGUGUGGAUGGACAUCUCAUGGACCCUUGGGAGAUAAAAACAAAUUUGUUUCACCAAACAUCUGGAUGCAAUUUAGCCAUGGGGCUGCAGUACAUAGGAGGCAUAUGUAGAGGAGCUACAAGAGUGUGUGUGUGGUGGAGAGUGUGAAGCCUCCCUCCUUGGUCCUCACGGAGCCCUCUGAACAGGACAGUGGAGGUUGCUGGGUAGGCCGGUGCGAACUGGCUGCAGAAGGUGCUCCAGGGAAGGGCUACA